CAAUUUUGUCACCAGAACAACACUCCCAUAAAAUAAUUUUACAAAUAAAACCCAAACUAUGCCAAUGGUUGUAUUAUUUCUUGUUUCAAUUUUAGCCAUGGCCUCACCAUCGGUCUUUGCAGUGCAACACAUCGUUGGUGAUAGUAGCGGCUGGACAAACUUCGGAGAUUAUACUACGUGGGCUGAUAGCAAGACGUUCAAUGUCGGAGACACACUUUUGUUCAACUACGGUGGCAGCCAUGGAGUGGACAUUGUAUCUAAAUCUGAUUACGACAACUGUGUCACAAGCAACUCCAUCAGCUCCUACAGUGGUGGCACAACCACCAUUAACCUAACACAACCAGGUCCAAUGUACUUCGCUUGUCCAUCUUUUGGCCACUGCAGUUCAGGGAUGAAACUUGCUAUCAACGUGGUUUCUAAAAGCACCACCACACCAACCACACCUACUAGUGGCGACAACUCCUCACCUCCGUCAUCAACCACUCCAUCUACACCAUCAACUACUUCAAACCCCACUCAUGUUGCUGGUCCACCCAGUAACGCAAACAUGGUGGUGGUUGGGAUUUCUUUGAUUUUGGGACCGUUGUUUGUGUUCAUGUGCUAGGGAAGGGGCAGUGCUUAUUGUUUAUGUUUCUAUACUCAAGUGUUGUGUGCUUUUUUAUAAUUUAUUUUUCUUUGGGGAUUGAAAUAAAAAAAGUAAAUAAACACAAAAUGCAUGUUGAUUA